CCGGUGCGCGGGCGCGGGGUCCAGGCUCCUCCUCCGCCGCCGCCGCGCCGGGGAUGCUGCGGCCGGGCCGGCUCCGGGAGCCCCGCGGAGCCCCGCGCCGCGCCGAGGAGCCAGCGGCCACCCCAGGCUCGGCGCUCCCGGCCGCCCCGCGGGCUCUGCUAUGAUCUGUCGGCGCUGGGAGCAGCAUGGGCAGCGUCAGCAGCCUCAUCUCCGGCCACAGCUUCCACAGCAAGCACUGCCGCGCCUCCCAGUACAAGCUCCGCAAGUCCUCGCACCUCAAAAAGCUCAACCGCUACUCGGACGGGCUGCUCCGCUUCGGCUUCUCGCAGGACUCCGGCCACAAGUCCGGCUCCAAGAGCAGCAAGAAUGAGGAUUUCUUCUACAUCAAGGUCAGCCAGAAGUCGCACGGCUCGCAGCGGCCGGACUACACCGCCCUGGGCGGCGGCGAGCGCGGCGCGCCCGCCGGGACCAGCGCGCUGGACUUCGGGGCGCCCACGCCGCAGAAGCUGAUGCCUUUCCCCGGCCAGCUGGAGGUGGGUGGGGAGAAGCCGCUGCCUCGUCCCACGGCCUUCAAGCCGGUGCUGCCGCGCUCCGGGGCCAUCCUGCACUCGUCCCCCGAGAGCGGGGGGCCCCUGGGCCAGCAGCUGCACCCCCCGGAGAAGGGCAAGGAGCAGGAGCUGCGGCCGCUGCCGUGCUCGGGGGGCCUGUCCGACUCCGGCCGCAACUCCAUGUCCAGCCUGCCCACGCACAGCACCAGCAGCAGCUACCAGCUGGAGCCCCUGGUCACCCCCAUGGGCCCCAUCAGCCGCUUCGGGGGCUCUGCCCACAACAUCCUGCAGUGCGCCAUCAUCCAGGACAGCAACAUGAUGAGCCUCAAGGCCAUGUCCUUCUCCGACGGUGGCAACAAGAUCCUGAACCCCGGCAAGGCCCCCCAGCACCGCCUCGCCGCCGAGAAAAGCGCCUGCGUGCGCUCGCCCAUCGCCACGGAUGAAUCCACCAUCCAGGAGCUGGAGCAGAAGCUGCUGGAGAGGGAGGGAGAGCUGCAGGAGCUGCAGUCGAGCUUCGAGGAGAAGGAAAUCAGCUCCUGCCAGGCCUACGAGGAGAAGCAGCGGCGCUGCAAGGAGGAGCUGGAGGGGCUGAAGCAGAAAUGCAACAGCAAGCUCAAGCAAACCUCGCAGAAGACGCAGAGGACGCAGCAGGUGCUGCACCUGCAGGUGUUCCAGCUGCAGCAGGAGAAGCAGCAGCUGCGGGAGGAGCUGGAGAAGCUCAUGAAGGAGCAGAACCUGCUGGAGACCAAGCUGAGGUCCUACGAGAAGGAGAAGACCAGCUUCGCCCCCGCACUGGAGGAGACGCAGUGGGAGGUGUGCCAGAAAUCCGGGGAGAUCUCGCUGCUGAAGCAGCAGCUGAAGGAGUCGCAGACCGAGCUGACCACCAAGACCACGGAGAUCCUGAGCCUGAAGGCGCAGCUGAAGGAGGUGAGGCUGAAGAUGGAGGGGCUGGAGAUGAAGACGCAGGAGCUGGAGGUGUCGCUGCGCACCAAGGCCAUGGAGCUGGAGGUGUGCGAGAACGAGCUGCAGCGCAAGAAGAACGAGUCGGAGCUGCUGCGGGAGAAGGUGAACCUGCUGGAGCAGGAGAUCCUGGAGCUGCGCUCCGAGCUGGCCGUGCUCCGCGAGCAGCUCAGCGAGGCCUCGCGGCCGGGCGGGGACGAUGCCCAGGCCCUGCAGGGGCAGCUGGAGCGGCUGCGGGCCGAGCUGAAGGCGGAACGCGACAACAACGAGCAGAUGAGCUGCAGCUUCCAGCACGAGCGGCAGACGUGGAAGGAGGAGAAGGAGAAGGUGAUCCACUACCAGAAGCAGCUGCAGCAGAGCUACCUGCACAUGUACAAGAGGAAUCAGAGCCUGGAGAAGAUGCUGCAGCAGCUGGCGGCGGGCGAGGACGGCAAGGAGCCCAUCGAGCUGGAGAUCCCCGGCGCCGACGUCCCCUACGAGGACAUCAUCGCCACCGAGAUCUGAGCCGCUGUCCCCGCCCAGCCGAGCUGUGUCCCCCCUUCCCUCCGUCGUGUCCCAGAGGUGACAAAGCCACUCGUGCCCAUGGUGACGUGCCCACAGCUCCCCCGCCCCGGCACCGCCCCCGAGGAGGGCAGGGAUCAGCACUCCAGGGAAUGCUCCGCCAUCCGCGCCCAGCGCCCAGGGGUGCUCUGUGCCAGGCUUGGGGAACACGGCCUGGCCCUGCUCUGGGGGUGGCACAGCUCCUGGGAUGGCAGAGAUCCUGGGAUGGCAGAGCUCCUGGGAUGGCAGAGUUACAAGGAUGGCACAGCUCCUGGGAUGGCCCAGCACCGUCCUGCCUGCUGAUGGUGGCAGGAAUCAGCCCCAAUGUGUGCCCAGUUCCUGGGAUGGCAGAGCUCCUGGGAUGGCACAGCUCCUGGGAUGGCCCAGCACCAUCCUGCCCGCUGAUGGUGGCAGGAAUCAGCCCCAAUGUGUGCCCAGUUCCUGGGAUGGCAGAGCUCCUGGGAUGGCAGAGAUCCUGGGAUGGCCCAGCACCAUCCUGCCCGCUGAUAGUGGCAGGAAUCAGCCCCAAUGUGUGCCCAGCUGCCAGGAUGGCACAGCUCCGUCCUGCCCGCUGAUGGUGGCAGGAAUCAGCCCCAGCUCCCUGGAGGAAGCUCCCGCUCCUCCUCACCCCCCGUCGGCGCCGAUGCCAGGGCGCCGUGAGAGCACUGAGCCACCUCCGCCACUGCCACAUCCACCCUGCCAGCCCCUGAGGGCCUCAGGAAGGUCCCCACCUGCUCACACCCCCCGGUACAGCCCAGCCUCCCAAAAUCCCCCUGAAAUCACCCCAAAAUCCCGUUCAGUCCGAGCACAGCCUCCCUGCACCGCACCCACAGCACGCACAGCCCUCCCAGCACUCCCACGGGCUCCGUCCCUGUUCUGGCUGCCACGCAGCAGCUGCACCCAAGAAUUCACAGGAAUGUCCCAGCCAUGGGCUGACCAAGGAAUGGGGUUUGUGCUCACCCCACAGCCCCCUGCACUCACCCCCGGCUGCCUUAUCUCCUCCCGCGCCCCGAUCCCAUGGGAUCCGGCCGAGGGGAGCUGGUUAAACACCCCAAACCAACCACUUCCACCUUAAUUUCUACCCCAGCUCUUAAAAGUUCCUCCUGCCACCGGCAAGUGGCUCCACAGAUGAUGAGUGGCACUGCUGGUGACCCUCGUGUCGCCCUGCGUGGGGAGGGAACCACAGGACCCAGUUUGUGGGGUGGGGGCUCCAGCCGAGACCCCUUUGUGCCAGUGCAAUUCUAUUUUUGCUGCAAUUAUUUACCCACUGCCCCAUUCCAGGGCUCCUGGGGGGUCUUGCACAAUCCCAACGCCGCCAAUUCGGCCACGGGCUCCGAGCUGUGCAAAAUUCCGCGUCCCUCGCGCCACUCCAGCCUGGAAAGUGACACACAGGAACCAGUCUGUGCCUUCUGUGCCCGGCCCUGAGCACCCCAAACCUCUGCCCCAUCUCUCCCAGCUGGGCUUGGCACUGCCCAGCCCGUCCUGGCACUGCCCAGCCCGUCCUGGCACUGCCCAGUUGGAUCUGGCACUGCCCAGCCGGGUCUGGCACUGCCCAGCCAUUCCUGGCACUGCCCAGCCGGGUCUGGCACUGCCCAGUUGGAUCUGGCACUGCCCAGCCGGAUCUGGCACUGCCAAGCCCAUCCUGGCACUGCCCAGCCGGGUCUGGCACAGCCCAGUUGGAUCUGGCACUGCCCAGCUGGAUCUGGCACUGACCAGCCAUUCCUGGCACUGCCCAGCUGGGUCUGGCACUGCCCAGCCAUUCCUGGCACUGCUCAGCUGCUCCUGGCACUGCCCAAUUGGAUCUGGCACUGCCCAGUCAGGUCUGGCACUGCCCAGCUGGGCUUGGUACUGUCCAGGCUGUCCUGGCACUGCCCACCUGGAUCUGGCACUGCCCAGCCCAUCCUGGUGCUGGCACAAGCGAUGCUCACCCCCAACCCGCUGGUAAAGCCAACCUCGGGCUCCUGCGGGUGCCCCCCCGGGCCAGUCAGGGCCAGUCUGCCCAUUCCCUGCCCAUUCCCUGCCCAUUCCCUGCCCAAUCCCUGCCCAAUCCCUGCCCAAUCCCUGCCCGUUCCCUGCCCAUUCCCUGCCCAAUCCCUGCCCGUUCCCUGCCCGUUCCCUGUCCAGUCCCUGCCCGUUCCCUGCCCGGUCCCUGCCCAUUCCCUGCCCGUUCCCUGCCCGUUCCCUUCCCGUUCCCUGCCCGUUCCCUGCCCUUCCCUGCACGUUCCCUGCCCGUUCCCUGCCCAUUCCCUGCCCAUUCCCUGCCCGUUCCCUGCCCAGCCCCGCCGAAGGAUAUUUUUGGAAGCUGAAGGAUCAGGGCCGAGAUUUGGGAUUUUGUGCAUCCCUCAAUGAGCCCGGCAACGCCCCGCUCCCCCUGGCCCUGGUGGCACCGUCCCUGUCCCCACAGUGUCCCCGCGGUGGCACCGUCCCUGUCCCAUCCCUGUCCCUGCGGUGGCACCGUCCUUGUCCCUGCGGUGGCACCAUCCCUGUCCCCUCAGUGGCACCGUCCCUGUCCCAUCCCUGUCCCCUCGGUGGCACCGUCCCUGUCCCUGCAGUGUCCCCUCAGUGGCACCGUCCCUGUCCCUGUGGUGGCACCGUCCUUGUCCCUGCAGUGGCAAUGUCCCUGUCCCCAUGGUGGCACCGUCCCUGUCCCAGCUGUGUCCCCUCGGUGGCACCAUCCCUGUCCCUUCCCUGUCCCCAUGGUGGCACCAUCCCUG